CCUAGCAACAGAGCGUUCAGUUUAUCCACCUCUAAAGGCAGUAAUUAAGACAAAGUUAAGAACUUUGAAUUGAUUCAGUUACUCACCAACAAGCCAGUUGUUACUUUUGGCUAAUUCAGUAGCUAACGCAAUUUAAAUUUAACGUAACAUUUGGUAGUGUAACAUUUAACAAUAUUAGCUAGGUAGUGUUAGGCUAAUAAUAGCGAAAUGCUAAGCAUUUAGCUAGCUAACGUAGCGGCCGUUCGGAGCGCCAUUGAAAAAGCAAGUCAUAAUAUUUGGAGAAGAAAAUUAAUCCAAGUGUGGCUUUAACUAUGAGUAGUUAACAGGUGCCUUUUAUGCUGGCGGGAUGAAUACCUAUUUGACAGAGCUGAACACAGCACAGAGCAGACAGGAGUAUAUUGAUGCUGAUGACUGUUCUUCAAAAGAGGACAAUAAUGUCAACCCAGGCCCUGCAGGGACUCCUCUAUGGACAGGCCCCCCUUCAGAUGUCAGUCUGCCUGGAGUAGCUCCCCAUCAUCACCAGUAUAUUAUCCAGCCAGGGAUGGUGGACCCUCUUAGCUUAAGGUUCCCCUAUCCGUGUCAGUCCACUCACUGUCAACUGAAUUAUCCAGACUACCUUCUGGAGCCCCAGUCCAGUCAGUAUCACCUCCUCACUGACCCUGUGCCUGGUCCACCAGACAGCAGCCUUCACAGCUCAGGUUCUGCUCAUUGGUUUACUAAUGAACCCAUCCUCUGCAGCAUGAUGCCAGGGGAUUUACAUGCCCCUGUAUCCAGUAUCUGUGUACCACAGGCCGUGGACCAUCAGCAGUUUCAAGAGGGACUGACUGAAUUUACAUCCCACAUCCCACAGCAUGUGAUGUGUAAUGUAAGUGGAGGUGGACAGGUUGUGCUCGUCAACCCCUGUGAGCCAGGACCUGUGUUCCUUACCCUGAAAUCUGCCCCAACACAUACAGAUGACGGCCCAACUGCGGGUGAAGAUGUGAGUGUACUGGGGACUCCCAGCCAGCUUCCCCAGUACCACCAGACAACAUGCCCCCAGUAUGAGUCCAGAGAUCAGACAGCCAACACCCAGCUUCAAGCCCUUUUAGCACGAACUGUUGGAACUUGUGAAUCGAAGUCCAGGAAACCCUGCCACUGCACCAGAUCCCAGUGCCUCAAACUCUACUGUGAGUGUUUUGCCAAUGGAGUGAUGUGCAGCAACUGUGACUGCUCUAACUGCCACAACAAUGCGGAGCAUGAAAUGAAGCGUCACAAGGCAAUUAAGUCAUGUUUAGGUCGGAACCCAGAUGCCUUCAGGUCUAAGAUUGCUGGUGGGAAGUCAAGAGAGGUCAAAGGUUGGCACAACAAAGGCUGCAACUGUAAACGCUCCGGCUGCCUUAAGAACUACUGCGAGUGCUAUGAGGCCAACAUCAUGUGUACCUCCAGCUGUAAAUGUGUUGGCUGUAGAAACUACGAUGACGGCUCAGAAACAGGCCUCAAAGAGAAGACUGUCAAUGUCAAGGACAAAUGGCCUGUAUCAGUGAUAACCCCUGCUGUGGUGGAGGCUGUGUGUGGCUGUCUGCUGGCUCAGGCUGAGGGGGCUGAGAGAGAGGCCCAGAGCCGCGCCCAGGCUGAGCACAUGGUCCUGGACGAGUUCGGACACUGUCUCACACAGAUUGUCAUGGCCAUGUUCAAGUACAACACAUACUGACAGAAUUACACUGAGCUUAGGUUCAUAGGAUUGUGCUCCUGAGUGGAGUGAAUUUCCAAUAUUUUAGUUUUAUUGUUAAUACCAGACAAACAUUUAUAAACAGCCGCACAGAGGUGUUUUUUUUUCUUUUCUUGCUGUUUGGGGUCUGUAUGAUUUCUUCAGAGUUAGUGUUCUGGUUCUGAUUUAAAUCUGGUGAGCAUUCAACAUUCAGAGGCAGUUCCAGUGUUUGUACCAUAAAUAUUUCAAAGAUUGUUCAAGGUGACUGCCUUCUGUAGCAUAUUUCAGUCUUUUAGACAUAACAAGAAAAUGAGUUGUCUAAUCUAUAUAUACAAAUGAAUGUAAGAAAUGUUCAAACUAACUAAUUUAAAAUACAUUUUCUA